AUGGUUUGGUGCCCCCGCAUAUUUUCAGCGGCGGCUGCGUUAUUACUCGGGCAUUCGUACUGCCCAUACACAGUGUGCGCCAACCCUGGAGGGGACACCGGACCCAAUGAGCCGAAGGAGAGGCGGACUUCGGAUACGUUGUGCCGGGCAAAACACGAAAUUACAGGAAUAAAACGAAAAGAGUGCAAAACGCAUGGAGCCACACGGAGAGGCCACCUCCGCGGCUCGGAAGAACUGGUUUUGUGUUUUUUUUCGGGGGGAGUGGGGUGGGUGGCAUCCCGUAAGAUGCUCAAGGCAGCGGCAGGCGUUGAUCAAGAAAAUGGAGAAGAACGGAGCGUUUCAGCAGUGCAACCGAAGAGAAAAGAGAGCGGAGUUCAAAAACCCCGCGUCCGCGGGUGCACGCGAAAAAAGGAGGCCACGCAGCCUUGUGUGUCAGUGCCGUUGCUGCAGCAGCCUGCAUGUCUGUACUGGCGGUGGCUCCAAGCACACUUUGGUGGUUAG